UUUAUUCGAUAAAGGCAUAGCGGAUUCUCCAUUGUGCCCGUUUGACAAUUGUUUUCAAACUAUAGAUCAUGUAUUUUUUGAAUGUGCCGAAAUUCGAAGGAAUCCUAUUGGCUUAUUAAAGAGACUGCACAAAGCGGGUGUCGGCCCUGCUGAGAAAAUUGCCGAUUUAGUUUUCUCCAACAAUUCCCAGGUUUUCCUCCUUCUGGAGAGUUUUGUACGUAAGGUUGGCUGCGCCAUCUAACUAUUAUAUUAACUAGAAGUGGACAAAGAGAUUGAAAUCUCGGGCCCAUAGUUGGAAGAAGAAGAAGAAGAAAUUCUUACAGUCAUUUGCGACUGCGACUCGGCAUCGUGUUCAUUUAUAUGUCAAGUCAAAGUGAAAAUAUAUGUCAAUAAAUCUUCCUAAUGAUCGAGAUUGAAACGACGUCAUUGUCGUCGUAAAUAUGAGCGGCGUCAAAAAGAAGGCCAACCACUUAGCAGUGUUUAAACAGCGUACAAAAAACGACGAUGAUGCCGAGCUGUCGAAAAGCGCGAUCAUAUCGGCAAGAAAGACUGGACGAUUGAAUCUCUCGUCGAGAGGAUUGUCCUCGGUACCAGAUAGAGUGUGGAGCAUAAAUGAAUUGACAGAAGAGGAAUUACGCAAUUUGCACUUUGAGCUUGAUUAUGAGCACAAAGAGGAACGAUGGUGGGAACAGGAACCAUUAAGAGCCUUAGAUCUGAGCUCCAACAGUUUGACUGCCAUUGAUAACAGAAUGCGAUUUCUGACGGGUCUCAAUACAUUGGAUCUGCAUAAUAAUGUCUUGGAGGAGCUACCAGUGGCAAUUGGAUCUUUGCGUGAACUGAAAGUGUUAAAUUUAUCGGACAAUAAACUGGAAUGCUUACCUGCGCAAUUUUACACAUUGGAGGAACUGUGCGAGUUGUAUCUGAAAAAUAAUUAUAUCAAUAUGUUGGAACCGGAGAUUGGAAAUCUGAUUAUGUUAACUCAUUUGGAUUUAUCAUACAAUAAUUUGAGCGAUUUGCCAAUCGGAAUGGGAUAUAUGGUACGAUUAGUCACGUUAAAUUUGUGUCACAAUAUGAUUAAAGAAUUACCACCGGAUAUGACAAAUAUGAGAACACUAAAGACAUUAGACGCCAGCUUUAACAAGCUGGAGAUACUACCGUCGUUGGGUGAAUUACGAAAAGUAGAGAGAAUGAUGCUCCACUCGAACAAUUUGAAGGAAUUCCCGGACAUAUCAGGUUGUUCUGCUUUGACAGUCUUGCAUUUGGAUAACAAUAACAUUUCUGAGAUCGUGCCGGAGUACUUGGAUGGAGUCGGUAAUCUAACGAAGUUCACUUUGCAAAACAAUCAAAUUGAAAUGAUACCCGAGGAAAUAAUCAAACUGAUCAACCUGCAAGUUUUUGAUCUGUCGCAUAAUAAUAUAUCCUUGAUACCCUUUUGCAUCGGUAUCUUACCAAACUUGAAGCAGUUUAUAAUUAAGGGAAAUAACAUAAAGAAUAUAAGAGGAGAUAUCAUAAGAUGUGGUACACCGCGUAUUUUGGCUCACAUACGCCAAACCACGGACAGUACAAAUGUAAAUACUAAAGUAUUAUUACCAUGUGCCAGUGUUAGCAAAUUUCCAGACAAAUAUAUGAUGAAGAAUACAAAACUGCUCAGUUUAUCUGGGCAGAAUCUUCUGGAAUUCCCGGAAGAGGUUUUGAUAGACGCAGUGGAAGCCGCAGUUACGGUUGUUGAUUUGAGUAGGAACAAACUGUCAGAGCUACUUGUUGAAAUGGCUCAGCUUGUUACAGUGACAGAUUUAAAGUUAACUUCAAAUCUCUUGACACAUCUGCCAGAGUGGAUAGGUGAAAAGUACAAAUACCUGCAGGCCUUAGACAUAAGUAAAAACUACUUGGAAUCUUUACCUUUAAGUAUUGGUUGCCUGAAAUACUUGCGAGAUAUCGAUCUUUCGUUUAACAGAUUUAUAGAAUUGCCAGAAGCAAUUUAUAAUGUUAUGUCUUUGGAAAGUUUAAUUGCUAAUGAUAAUCUAAUUGGUGAAAUUAACGUAUCGUCUUUAGGAAAGCUUAAAAAGUUAGCAAUUUUAAAUCUGGCGAAUAAUAAUAUUGCUCAUGUGCCACCUGAACUUGGUAACUUGAAAAAUUUGAGAAAUUUAUCAUUAUCAGGAAAUUGUUUCAAAUAUCCUAGACAAGCAAUUUUAAUGAAAGAUACGGAAGAAAUACUGAGGUACCUGCGUAAUUUAAUACCUCGAUAAUAAACAAGUCAGUAUAGAAUAUAAGUACAAAUAUUCAUAUUACUAGAUAUUUAAAGAAUGUUACAAUUUAAAAUUGUGUGCGAGUGCAUGCACGUGAGAGAAAUUAUAUGUAUAAAAUAUAUAU